AUGACGUUUACCGACAAAUCGACCACUCCCACUACAAUGAGCAAACCUAACGAAGAAGUCAUGUCGAGCCUAGGGGCCGCUGAGAAGGCCGAACCACAAACGAAACCAGCGAACUUCUCCUCGACUUUCCACGAAGCCAUCUUCAUCCUCAUAAUCGGCAUGUCGCAACUCUUCUCCGUCGGAGGCCUUGGCGUUGACGCCUACUCGAUAGAGCAGAUCGGUACUGCUCUCGGCACAAACAGCAACAGUCAAAUGUCCUGGUUCUUGGCCUCCUACUCUCUCUGCGGUGGCGUAUUUGUCCUAGUAACUGGUCGUCUAGGCGAUCACUUCGGUCACAAAUACGUCUUCCUCUUUGGCUGGAUAUGGAUGGCUAUCUGGUCAGUAGUUUGCGGCUUUGCUCAUGACGUUGUACUAUUCGAUAUCGCUCGUGGCAUGAUGGGAAUAGGCAAUGGCGCCCUAGUUCCCAACUCAUUCGCCCUCUUGGCGCGUGCGUUCCCCCCUCUGUCUGUGAAGAAGAAUAUCGCCUUUGCUUUCCUGGGCUUCUGCGCUCCAUCGGGGUAUAUCUUCGGCGGGUUGAUUGGAGCUGCCUUUGGCCAGAAGGUUACCUGGCGAUGGGGGUUCUGGUUCUGGGCUUUGGGCUGUCUAAUUCUGAGUAUGGCAACUUUCGUCGUUGUUCCUCACCGAAUCGGCUCCCCAAUUCCUGGACUAAGUCUCCGCCAAUUUGACUACGUCGGUAGCCUGCUCGGUGUUUCGGCCUUGAUUCUGUUCUCGUUUGCAUGGAGCCAGGCUUCAGUUGUUGGCUGGCAAGAGCCGUAUAUCUACGCCUUGCUUAUUGUCAGCGUCUUCCUUCUUGUGGCAUUCAUUUUCUCCCAGUCCCGCGUCUUUGCUCCUGUCCUGCCUAAUUCUCUUUGGCGCCGACCUGGCUUUGCACCCGUCGUCUCUGCCAUGGCUUUUGGCUGGAUGUCUUUUGGAAUUUUCCUCUACUACACCACUAUUUAUAUCCUGACUAUUCACAAAGCCCGGCCUCUUGCAGCGGUGGCACAGAUGGUUCCACUGGUCAUUGGUGGUCUAUUCGCUACCACGGCUGUUGGACUUUUCAUCGCGAAAACGCCUGCUCAGUAUAUCUUCGGCGUUUCCAUGUUCUCUUUCUUCAUUGGGAACCUACUUAUGAGCUUCGUGAACUACUCAAAUGUCUACUGGGCCUUCAUCUUCCCAGCUUGUCUACUUGUUGUUGGUGGACCUGACUUGUCAUUCGCCUCCUCUGGGAUCCUCAUUUCCAACGCCGUCUUGCCUGAGGAGCAGGGUGUUGCCGGGUCGUUCAUCUCAACGGUGGUGCAGUACUCUAUCUCCAUUGGCCUUGGUAUUGCCGCCACUGUUGAGUCGCAUGUCAAUGAAGGAGGAAAGAAUCCUAUUCGCGGCUACCGCGGUGCAUUUUGGCUUGGAAUCGGAUUCGCGACUGUGGCAUUCUUCAUUGUGAUUUUCUUUGUUCGUGACCCAAGGUUUGAGGCGAAGGAAGAAGACCAGUCCCCUCCCGAGGCUAUUUUCGACACAGCUUAG